AUGCUAGCCACCUCGCUCCGCCGCUAUAGUGCCUAUACCAGACUUCAAGGCCGCCGUGUUCUCUGCUCUACAGCUAAGGAGCGUAGUGCAAGAACCGCAAUACCACUCGGCGUUGGCGUAAUAUCUGGUGGCGUGGCUGGUGUGGUAUCGGCACUAACGGGCGUCGGUGGAGGUAUCAUCCUCAUUCCAGCAAUGGUCAAGUUUACGUCUUUAACGCAGCAAGCCAUCAACGGUACGUCUCUUGGUUCUGUGGCCAUUGCCGCCUCUGUUGGUGCGUGGAACUACUUCGAGGCAAAGACUUGCAAUGUACCAUUAGCUUUAGCCACUACCAUCCCGGCAAUCAUUGCGACUAAAUACGGCGUACGAACUGCUCAUCGACUUACAAGUAAAGCCUUAUCUUUCGUUGUGGGUUCAGCCAUGCUGUUGUGCUCGCCAUUAAUUUUUCUUAAAAACAGCCAGUACAUGCCUAAAUGGAGCGAUAGUCAGGAUCCGUUGGAUCUUCAGUUUUUUGUACCUCAACAAAAGGAUUUGAUCAGGGCAUACAAGUCCAGUAGCGAUGGUGAUGAGCUUGCGUCAAUUACCGCCAAGUCUGCUGAAAUCUCUGCGGAAUACGUGGAGCGUGUCAAAGCCAAUUAUAUAGAAUUUGUCAUUAUUAAUGCCAAGUAUGUCGUUGCUGGUGCGGCAGCUGGGUUUGUUUCGGGACUCUGUGGACUUGGAGGAGGUAUUCUCAUUACGUCCUAUCUCACAGCUGCAAGUGAUAUGCCACAAGCUACCAUCAUCGGCACAUCACUGCUGUCUGUAGUUCCCACGGCUGCGUCUUCAACCAUUUUCAACUUACGUGCCAAGUCAGUUCACUUACCAACUGCAGUCCGAAUAGGAGGCUCAAUGGCUGCUGGAGCUUACGUAACUUCUAAGUACAUCACACAAGGCGUACAUGAAGACGUUCUGCGUGGCAUACUGGGUGUCACACUUAGUACUGCAGCCCUCGUGAUGAUGCGCCGUGCAUAUUAA